AUGCAAGGAUUCAUUACCUAUGUUUUGUUUCUUUCUUUCAUUUCACCUUGUCUAUGUACAAGGUUGAAUGUUGGAACCACAAAUGAUAAUUAUAAUGUGAUGCAAUAUGGUGCAAUUGGCGAUGGCAAAUCUGAUGAUACACAAGCAUUUUCAAGUGCAUGGAGUAAUGCAUGUCAUGCAGGAGGAAUGUCAACAUUCGUUAUACCAUCCGAGAAGUCAUUCUUGGUGACGAAACUAAAUUUUAGUGGACCUUGCGAUGCCAAAAUUUCCAUUCAGGUUGAAGGAAAAAUAAUUGCACCUUCUAAAGACGCAUGGGAAGCUAGACCAUAUUUGAUUGAGGUCGAUAGUGUAAAUGGACUCACAAUUGAUGGCAAUAAUGUAGGAGAAAUCGAUGGAAAUGGUGCUACUUGGUGGGAUUGUUCAGAUUGUAAAAGACCAGGGGUGUUCCAUUUUCAUAAAUGCGACAAUCUUACUGUUAGUAAUCUUGCGAUUAGUAAUAGUCCAAAAGCUCAUGUAUCUGUUAAUGAUUGUAAUGGUGCAACAUUCUCCAAUAUAUCCAUUGAUUCUCCUGCUACUAGUCCAAACACCGAUGGCUUUGACAUUUCUGAUUCUACUAAUAUCUCCAUACAAGAUUCUAUUAUAAAAGCAGGUGAUGAUUGUAUUGCUAUCAAUGGGGGCUCCUCUUUUGUGAAUGCUAUUCGAGUUACUUGUGGACCUGGUCAUGGGAUAAGUGUUGGCAGCCUUGGUAAAAAUAAUGCAAGUGAUCAAGUAUCUGAUAUUUAUGUAAAAAACUGCACUUUCACGGGAUCUACUAAUGGAGCAAGAAUCAAGACAGUUAUGGGUGGAUCGGGUUAUGCAAAAAAUAUUACAUUCGAACAAAUAAUCCUUGAAAAUGUGAAGAACCCAAUAAUCAUAAAUCAGGAUUACCAUGAUUUAGAGGAAACACCAUCAUCUGUGUUGGUGAGUUCUGUGACAUUUCGAGGAUUUAAUGGAACUUUUGUUGACAAAGUAGCUAUUAAAUUAGAUUGUAGAGAAGAAUCUUCUGUUAUUUGUAGAAAUGCUCAUGGAACAGCUAGAGAUACUAUUCCACUUGUCCAUUGUCUUUCUGAAUAA